CAUUGGCUCUCAAUCGCCAUUGGCAACUGUUGUGUCAACAGAAAAAAAAGUUGUGUUUACGAAAUCGCGAAUGGCGGCGGGUGUAAAAUUUGAAGUUUUUCCUAAAAAUAGCGAUGUGAAAGUGAUAAUUAAUGAAAAUUGAGUAUUAUUUUCUGUUAAUUUGUGUUUGUUACAACUAUGGGCAACUGUUUCGGAUUCCGUCGACGCCAUAUACGUCGGCAUAUCGUGUUAAUACUGAUAGGUUUGGACAACGCCGGAAAAACUAAAACUGUGAAUAAUUUAGCGGGAGAAAAGGAUGAUAAGGUGUUACCCACUGUGGGUUUUAAGGCUGUGAAUUUAAUACACAAGGACACACCUGUGACUAUAUACGAUUUGGGCGGCGGGCCGCAUUUUCGUCAGAUCUGGCCGCAGUAUUACAGCGAGGUUCACGGAGUCAUUUUUGUGAUUGAUUCAAGUGAUUUCGCAAGGUUAGAGGAAUGCAAAUCGGUGUUGGAGGAGGUGUUAUCGCACGACAAAAUAUCUGGUAAACCAGUGCUGGUGCUAGCGAAUAAGCAGGACAAGUCUGGUGCCUUGGACGAUAUCGAUGUUGUGGAGAAGCUUAAUAUUGAGCCGCUGGUCAAUAGGUAUAGAUGCCCUACUCUUGUCGAAUCCUACAGCGCUACUCCAGACGUAAACUCGAAAAAGCCAAAAAUAGACCCAGGCCUACGAAAAGGCUACCACUGGCUCCUAAACUACAUAGUCAAACGCUACGGAGAUAUAAACUUACGCGUACAGACAGACAUACACGCAGAAUUGGAACGUCGCAAGCGCAUGAUGAACCGCGCUUCGAAUAGAGCCUCCCAAACCUUUACAGCAGUCAGUGAUGAUAUAGCAACCCAGACCGGUUUCGAAAACCCGAAUUACGACAUACAGAAAACCAAUCCGGAAUCUUCGAAAACUUCCGAAGAUCUAGACAAAGGUUUGAUCCAUGUGAAACCGGUCAAGAAGCCUAAUAGCUUAGACUCUACUAUUACUGUGGAAAGUGUAGAAGAUUCGGACCAAACCAGUGGUGCCAAACCGAAACUGUCACCCUUAUUCGGUAGAGCAAGUAACACUUCCACCAUAGAGACUGUCAGGAUAGAGUUAGAACCGAGAAACGAGUUCAGAAAACUGUCGCCUAUCGUGAGGAAAAAGAGUGGAGUGAUUAAUGUCGAUUUCAAAAAUCGCCCGCAGUCCAGUCCGACUCAUGUUAGGAAUAAGCUAUCGCAAUCCAGCAAGAACUCGUCCAUUGAAGAGGAGCCGAUGGACAAGACACGAACCUGGGACCCCGCGCGGGAUCUGAAGCAUCGCGUUCUAGUCAACGAUGUUGAGUUGGCGCAAAUGCAUCGAGAAAUCGUCUUGACUGAACGAGAUCAUACGAGCAAAGCCACGUCAUCAGACAUAGUGGCCGGCGCGAACACCCUGCCUCAGAGCGUUAGACCGGCAUCGGCUUCCCAACUCCUGCGCAGACAGCUCGAGCUAUGUCCAACCCCCCACAAGCGACGACUAAGCCUUCGUUAUAUGCAACGGAACAAAACCAGUCCGGAACGCAAUACGAUGCUCUUAUACGAACCCAAAGCGCAACGACAUCUCGACAAGGGGGACUUCGAGCAAUCUGCCACGAUUAAUUGAUUAAAAUGAAUUCAUGAUUAAAUAAAUGCUGUUAUUGUUGAUUAAAUCUUGAUUUAUUUUUAUAAAAUUAUUAUAGUUCAAAGCGCAAAGACAUCUCGGCAACCGAGACUUCGAGCAGUCUGCCACGAUUGAUUGAUUAAAAUGAUUUCAAGAUUAAAUAAAUGCUGUUAUUGUUGAUUAAAUCUUGAUUUAUUUUAAAAUUAUAGUUUAAAGCACAACGCAAUCUCGACAACCGAGACUGUGAGCAAUCUGCCACUAUUAAUCAAUGGAUCAUUUCAAUUUCAAUUUAUUCCACAUUCUUUGAUCAUUCUAAUUAAUUUUGAUGGGGUUCAAACUUUGUUGUGAUUGGGUAAAAGAUGUUUAACUAAUUAAUCAGUUUGAUCAAUGGAUCAUUUAAACCGAUUUUGUUGUGAAUUAUUGCUUAAACAUUCUUUGAUCUUAAUUUUUUAAAUAAAAGUUAAUUCAUGAAACUUUGUUGAUUUUGGAAGAGUAAUCAUUUUAACAAAUUAAUCGAAACAAAAACGAAUGUUUAUUGUUACUGUUGAUGAAAACGUGUUUUAUUAUUUGUUAAAAAAUAUCUCGUUGGAAAUUACAUAGGUUGUAAA